AUGGCUUCCAAUGAAUAUCCUCCCAAGGCUGAACUGCGACAGUUGGUGGCACUAGCCCCUCUGCCUGUGAUUGCGCCCGGGACGCUUGACCCAGCCUCGAUGGGUGAUUCUGUGCCUCUUCGGGAAGCACUCGCGGUGCUCAACGAAUUCAAUGCCGCCCUGACCGCCGAAGAUGCGGAGAAGCUGAAGAAAUGCUUCUUUCCCGAACAAGCGAACUGGAGAGAUCAGCUCGCAUUAACUUAUCAUCUCCGGACCUUCACAGCCCCUGCUGUCAUAGCUGAGAGUUUCUUGGAGACCAAGAAGCUCCGGGGGCUGACUGAAAGUAUCAAGCUUGAGGGUGCUCCUCAGUUUAUCCCAGCCACUCCGGUCCUGCAAUUUAUCGACUGUGAUCUGAGUUUUAGAACUAACUCGCCAGGGGCACGGUGCUGGGGCAGAAUGUUGCUGCUGCCCAUCAAGGAUAAUGGCGAUGUCCACUGGAAGAUCUGGAACCUCUGCACUGGGCUAGAAAGCCUUGACUUGCAACCGGAGGACGAGUCCCUGCUUCAAGCACCUGGCAGAAGUCUCGAUGGCCCGAACACGCUGGAGACCGAUGUCUUUAUCAUCGGAGGCGGAAACGCAGCCGCGGCCCUCGCUGCACGCCUCAAGGCCAUGGGCGUCGAUACUAUCAUUGCCGAGCGUAACGCCCGAGCCGGGGACAACUGGGCCAGACGAUACGACUGCAUGAAGUUCCACAUCCCGACUUCCUUCUGUGAAUUACCUUACAUGAAGUAUGCUACGCAACUUCAAAGCCCGUACCUGCUCACCAAGGACGAUUUGGCAGAGCAGCUACGGAAAUAUGUAGCUGCCUUCCAAUUGAAUAUGAUCAACUCUGUCAAGAUCUUGUCAACCAAAUUUGAUGAAACGUCAAAACAAUGGACUAUCAAGUUCUUCACGCCGGCCGGCGAGCGCACGGCUGUCUCCAAGCAUCUAGUCCAGGCAACGGGUAUUGGGUCUCAGAAGCCAUAUGUGCCAACGGUGGCAAACGAAGAACUAUAUAGUGGCUCCGUCGUGAUUGUCGGGUCUGCCAAUACAGCCUUCGAUGUCCUCGAGGACUGCCAUGCUACCGGCUUGAAGACAACCAUGGUCGUUCGAUCACCGACAUACAUAGUGCCGCUUGAAUACAUCUGCGACAAGCGAAGUCUCGGGGCGUACGACGUGGGCGUGGAAAUUGGCGAUAAGCUCUUCCAGACUACGCCCACAGUUGUCGACAGCCAGCUGGGUCGUGGGCUGUUUGGACUGCUGGCCUCCCAGGAGCCCAAUCGGUACGAGGCCCUGGCUGCAGCGGGUUUCCCCGUCCUCGAUAGUGCCCAUGCUGAUGCGGACCUCCUACACAACCUCCUGGAGCGGGCCGGUGGCCACUACGUCGACACUGGAGCCACAAAGCUGAUCACGGAAGGCAAGGCCAAAGUCAAGGCCAAUGUGGAGCCUGUUGCGUAUACGGCCUCUGGAUUGAAAUUCAGCGACGGAUCAGAGCUGGACACAGAUGCUGUUAUAUGGUGUACCGGUUUCGCUGAUAAGAAUGUGCUUGACACCUCUGCUGAGAUAAUGGGUGGAAACGAUGAAGCCCGUGAAAUUGCGUUACGUCUGGACGCCACAUGGGGGCUCGAUGCUGAGGGCGAGAUCCGUGGUAUGUGGAAGCGGCAUCUCAAUGUCGAGAAUUAUUGGGUCAUGGGCGGUUUCACGUCGCAGCAUCGCUGGCACUCCCGUACUUUGGCACUCCAGAUCACGGCCGCGAUUAAGGGCAUCCUGCCACCGGCGUAUCGUGCAACGCCGCAGCAUAAUGAGUUUUAA